AUGCGCACGGUGACCCCGGUGCGCAGGCAUAGCCUGGUGCGGUACAUAGCAGCGCCGCGUAUCGGCCGAGCUAGAGUGGGCAUCGAGCCAGGAACAGAGGUUCUGAUCCCAGAGGUUCUGAUCCCAGGGGACCAGGUCUACAUCCGAGUGUUCCGGAGGAAGUGGAAUGAACCAAGACACGUGGAGUCUAUAAUUUGCAACCUGACCAGCUCUGCCAAAAGUCAGCGAUCCAAGGAGGUCCUUUGGGACACCUUCAACCCCUGUGAGGUCGUGAUGAGCCUGGGGUUCAUGCAGGUGUCGGUGUGGCUGGUCAGCCUGCCAGCCGUCCUUGCUAACCUCCUGGUCCUGUUCAUCCUGCUGACCAGCCACAACAAACUGACAAUCAUCCGCUUCCUCCUAAGCAACCUUGCCUUGGCAGACCUCUACAUGGGCAUGUACCUCCUGCUCACCGCAUCUGUGGACCUCUACAUGCGCUCCCGGUCCCACCACUACGCCAUCGACUGGCAGACUGGCGCCGGCUGCCAAUUGGCCGGGGCGCUCACAGUGUUCGCCAGCGAGCUGUCAGUCUACACGCUGGCUGCCAUGUAG